CUCGCCUUUCUUUCUAACGAAACCCAUUUCCUUUUUUUCACAUUUGCUCUUUUGACUCUUUUUUUUUUUUCCUUUCCUCCCUUGAAAUCUCCGGCAUCGAUCGCUUCCGUACAAGUUCGUUGAAAUCCGUUAAAUCCCUUGCAGCUCUGUCAUCGCGCCCCGCGAAAUCCCUACCGUCCGAAAGCACGGGAGAGCCCAGUAACGGCCCGAUGACCGUUGUUUAGCUGCAUCUGACGAAGCUCAGUUAAAGGUUCCGAAAGUUCACAUGACAACAGUGACUUUCUAUGCAGUGAGACCUGAAUGUCAGGAUGAUGUUCCAAAGACCAAAUUCAAGCCCAAGCCUGGAAAAACUCUUAGUGCAAGAAGGUGGCAUGCUGCAUUUUCUGAAGAAGGUUAUUUGGAUAUCGCAAAAGUGCUAAGCCGAAUUCAACGUGGAGGUGUCCAUCCAUCAAUCAAAGGAGUAGUUUGGGAGUUCUUGCUAGGUUGCUAUGAUCCCAAGAGCACUUUCGAUGAGCGGGGAGAGUUGAGGCUACGUCGGAGGGAGCAGUAUGGGACCUGGAAAGCAGAGUGCCAGGCCAUGGAACCAACCAUAGGCAGCGGAAGGAUCCUUACAACACCGGUAAUAACGGAUGAUGGUAAACCCGUCCAGGAUCAUUCAACUAGCGGUAAUGAUUUGCAAGAUAAUACAUCAUUUCCUCCCGAUGGCCCCCCUCUCGACAAGAAAGUCAUUCAAUGGAAACUUGUGUUGCAUCAAAUAGGUUUGGAUGUAGUUCGUACAGAUCGAGCAUUAACCUUUUAUGAGAACCAAGAAAACGAUGCAAAGCUUUGGGAUAUUCUGUCAGUUUAUGCAUGGAUGGACAAAGACAUUGGUUACUGUCAAGGGAUGAGUGAUCUUUGCUCUCCAAUGGUAAUGCUUUUUGACAACGAAGCAGAUUCAUUUUGGUGCUUUGAACGUCUAAUGCGUAGAAUGCGAGAAAAUUUUAGGUCCACAUCAAGUUCCAUUGGCGUGCAGUCACAACUGAGUACGCUGUCAACUAUCAUUAAAGCUGUUGAUCCGAAGCUUCAUCAACACCUUGAAAAUCUAGAUGGAGGGGAGUAUUUGUUUGCUUUCCGCAUGUUAAUGGUACUUUUCCGGAGAGAAUUCUCAUUUGUGGAUUCAAUGUACCUUUGGGAGUUGAUGUGGGCAAUGGAGUACAAUCCAAACAUCUUCUCCUUGUAUGAGGAUGAAUCGGGCACGAAUUCCAACCCAAGCACGGUAACGAAGAUGAAUGAUAAGCUGCUGAAGCAGUACGGGAAAUAUGAAAGGAAAAACGUUCAGACCGGAUCAAAGGACCCACAGACUGCUCUAUCAAUCUUCCUUAUUGCUGGUGUCCUUGAGAACAGGAAUAAGCGGCUGUUGAAGGAGGCAAAAGGCCUUGAUGAUGUUGUCAAGAUAUUAAAUGAGAUAACUGGAAACUUAGAUGCGAAAAAGGCAUGCAACGAGGCAUUGAAGCUUCACAAGAAGUACUUGAGUAAGACUAAGAAAUGAUUAUCUCGCCAUACUUCAUUGUCUGACCGACGAUCAUGGAAAAUGGAGCAUUUCCAAGAUUUUAUUAAUGCAAUUUCCAGAUUUUUUGGAUAGAUACCACAUGUGCCAUGUAAUGUUGAGUGAUUAGGCUUGUAGAAUUGAGAGCUCCAUAUGAGGUGAGGUGCAGUUUUUGUAACUCUUCGAUUUUGUUUUGUUUUUAGUCUUGACAAGGGAACUGUCCCUAUUUCAUCAGUUUUUACCAUUGAUUCAUUUGUUGCUUUGUGUAUGUAUACUAUUCUAUGUAUAAAAUGAACUGUCCUCAGGCCUAUCUUACAGAGCGGCCUCUCCA